CAAGCGCAAACGCGACACACAAAGCCAUCCGUUGAUGACGAGGCAGAACCAACCAACGAACCAAGAUGGCCACCAUCAAAGAGUUGACCUCGUUUGAACGGCAGACCGAGCUCUGUCAAAUCCUGAAGCUGGAGCCAGACGCCAGCUCCAACUGGGCUCCAGAGACAAACCUGAGCGCGGAGCAGCGGGAUCUGGCCGCGCUGGGCGUGUGCUGCAUCGAUUACUCGCCCGCCUUUCACACGUUUGCGUUUGCCCACGGCGACACCAUCGUCACCACAGCAGGUGUGGACGACGACUUUGAUAUUGAUCACGUCUUUGAGGACACGGGAACAUUCACCACCACCGACGAGAAGAAUGGCGUCACAGCCACGCACGAGGCGACCAUCACCAUUCUCAAGUUCAUCGAGCUCCCAACCUUGACUGCUCCGCUGCUUGUCGUCGGGUAUUCCAGCGGCCAUAUCCGCCUCUUCUCGAAGGACCGGCUGCUGGUGGCGCAGCGCUUCAACACGACUGCCGCUGUCGACAUCACCACCCAGCCCCGUCCAUCCUGCCCAGACAUUGUGUUCAUGCUUACAUUGUUCUGCUCAUCACACAUCACACCUCAUCACCAUCAACGCUUUCAUCGUCAUGAUCUCCCGGCAUCCGCCGUCGGCGCGGGCAGGGUGGCCACGAACUUCAGCAAAGCAGUGGUGUCCAUGGUGUCAUCGUUCUGGGGGUCGUCUUCAUCAUCGUCGUCGUCGUCGUCGUCGUCGUCGCGCUCCCAAGCACCCCAGACGGCGCUGCUGCAGCCCGGCACACCGCUGCCAAUGGCAUUCAGUCUCUCCGAUCCGCGCAGGGAGAUUGAAUGGCUCGCUCUCAGCCCCAACGGCGCGCUUGCUGCUGCGACGGAUACGCUUGGCCGCGUGCUGCUGAUCAACACGCGACUGUCCAUUGUCGUGCGGGUGUGGAAGGGCUACCGUGACGCCCGCUGCUACUGGGUCACCACAGACGCACCAAAGCCGCAGGACAUGCAAGCAGGCACCGCCACCAACGACACCCGUGGCAGUGGUGGUGGUGCUAAUGGUGGUGGUGGUGGUGGUGCACAUCAGCUGUGCAUUCAUGCGCGGCGCCGGGGACUGCUGGAGGUGUGGAAUGUUCCGCUCGGCUCACGCGCCGCCGCCUUCAACAUCGGCGUUGGUGCUCUCGUCCUCCCCACACAACACGACGCACACGCGCACACACGCACACAUGCACAUGUGCGCAACGUGCUGGUGCUGCGAACCAACUCGAGGGCAUACACGCUCCACCUCCCGUACGCGUGCGCCCUCAGUGACACGGCGUCGUCGCAUUUGAAGCAGCAGCACGCCAUCACCGCGCUCACCGCAUACCUCAACUCCCUCCAGCCAGAGGUGACGCGCGAGCUGUCUGCCUCUCGGCUGUCGUCACUGCUCUGUCAGCUGGAGUCACCGUCUUUCAUCAAGCAGGCGCUUGAUUUGGCGUUUGAGGACCGGCGAUUUUGUCCGGCCGCCACUGAACAGCUGAUUGCCGCCGUGAUGACGCGCGCAGCGGAGGUCAUUGCACCCCAGCAGGCGCAAUCAUCGUCAUCAUCGUCAUCAUCGUCAUCAUCGUCAUCAGCAACAGGACCAACAGGAGGAGCAGCAACAACAGGAGGAGGAGCAGACCAGUAUGCAAGUGAUGCAGCCAGUGAUUCAACAACUGAUGCAACAGCAACCGCAACAACCACAGCACCAGCGGUGGCGGUGUCGACGGCUGGUGGCGAUGAUGUGGAGAUGUUGGAGUUGAAAAUGUGGAGCGAUCUGCGGCAGCGGCAGCACCGCGCGUACAAGGCCUUCCGCCAGCUGCUGUGUCUGGAUGCAGAGCGGGAAGAGGCGGCAGUGGACGCGGAGACGGCAGCCCGUUACAUCCACGCGUGCACUCGCCUCACACACCCGCAGCACACGUGCGCACGCAAGCAGAUGCGGAAGAGGAAGAAGCAGCAAGAGGAUGAGGAGGAAAAGGAGAAGGAUGACGCUGAUGAUGAUGAGCGUGAUGAUGAUGAUGACGAGCAUGAUGAACACGGUCAAGACAGUCAUCAUGGCAGGGAUGAUGCUGCCACUUCACGCCAUGGUCACGGUGGCGCCACCCACCGCGGUGACAUCAGGUCAGCACCGGAACAAGUGUCCGUGGAUGAAUUGUCGUCAAAGGAGAUUAUCAGACGCGUUUUGCUGCCGUUUUGCGACCUGCACAUGCGAUCGUCCUCGUCACCAGCAGCAGACGAUGACGAUAUCGAUGGCGAUGACAAAGACGAACAAGAUGUUGAUGUUCCCAACGACAAUCACAACAACAGCAACCACAACAACACCAGUCACCUCAACAGCAGCAACAGCAACAACAACGGCUUGGAGGUGGCGGCCCAGGAUGUGACGAUGGGCGCGUUUGCGUCUGUGUUGACGCCGACCAAUGCACCCGCAACCCCGGAGCACCUCAAGGCGUUGGCGUGCGGCGCGCACCCAGCCAUCACCUUUGGCAUCAACGCCAACAGCAUGGACAGGGAGCGCGACCACGCUGCACUCCUCGCCUUUGCUUCCCUCUUCCAGCAGUCAUCCGGUCUGGCGGACGCAGCUGCCGUGGCCGAGGUCGUCCUCGGUGACCUUGGGCUUUGCCUGCAGGCAACCGUCCAUCUGUGGGCGCUGUGGGCGCUUCGAUUUCCGCUCACGGACCUCCUCUCCCACGCGGGCGCAACGGCGGUGGUCUCCGCCCUGCACGCCAUCCUCACACACGCGGCGCAACGCAGCGACGGCACCCGUGGUGGCCGCGGUGGUCGUGGCGACAACGUUGCUGAUGAUGUUGAAGGUGGAUGUGCUGGUGACAAUACCAUCAUCAACGCCAACGACAACGGCACCGAAGAUGCCCGCAGUGUCGCUCGCACUGCCACCGCAGACGACUAUCGUGAGCCCACGAUGACCGCUGAAGUGCUGCGCAAGACGCUGGAUGUCGUGCUUGCAAGCAAGGCCACGCCCGCACACAAGUUGAUUGUCCUCAGCAUCCUCAACGGCACCACUGCAGCCGCAAUGCAGGCGCCACGGUGUGCUGCUGUGUCUGCUGCGCAGGAUGCCAUUCGCCUUCGCUGCCGCCACCUCUUCACAGAGAUCACGCUCCACAUUGCAACAGCAGCAUCAGCAACAUCAACAUCAACAACCACGCCAACAGCUGCUCGGUCACGCACAUCGCAGUCAUCGUCACCGUCAACGGGUCGCCCGAUUCUCGACCUCGCGCGUGUGCUAGUGUCUAGCGACAGCGCACCGCUCGCCCUGUGGUGCUCGUGGCCACUGGUCACAUCUCGCACCAUCGCAUACGUUCAAGACGGCAGCAGCAGCAACAACAAUACCGUCACCAUCACCACCACCACCACAAACGACAACAACACCAACACCGAUAACAAUGGAGCAGUGAUUGCCGUGCUGUGUCGGGCAUGUGAGCUGGUGACGCUGGCCACGCUGCGCCCAGCAGCAGACAGCGGCGACGCCGAUAUUGAUGGUGAUGGUGGUGAAGAUGACGAUGGCGACAUUGAUAACGAUGAUGACGACAAGAAUGAGACUGGAGAUGGCGGCGCACCUGUUGGUGAUAACAGUGGCAGCAGUGGCAGCAGCGAUGAUGUGCAUGUCACCACGGCAGCCGUCAUGGGCCGCGAGGUGUGGCUGACUGCAUGUGCGGUUGUGUUUGCAGAGCGGUGGAAGGCGGAGCCGGCUGCCGUGCACAACCUUAAACGCGCGCACGCGUUUAUCUGCGCCCUCGUGAACCACCGUGACCCUUGCGCCACCUCGAAAAGUGCUUCCGCCAUGUUGCAGCAGGCGCUGGUGCUGCACGUGUGGCAGCGGGGCGGCGCAAAGGCGUUUGUGGCCGAGCUCACGGCACAGAACGACAAGGUGAAGAAGUUUGUCAAGGACCGCCUGUGUGUAAAGUACCUUACAGCGCCGGCAGCUGCGGUGACAGACGCACUGCUGGUCAUCACGCACAUGCUGCUUGCCCUCGUUCCAGCCAUCGAGACAGCACCCACCCUGCCAUACGGCAGCGGUGACGAUGACAUCACAACAACACGCACCGGCAGCGGUGAUGCUCACGGGGUGGCGCGGCACGUGACAGUCGGUGGCUUCUCUACACAAGAAACUACAUUGCCCGACUGUGGUGAUGGUGAUGGCGAUGGUGAUGGUGAUGCCGCUGCUUUGGCUGCUGCGACUGCUGUUGUGCACUUGAUCAACGCAAGCAUCGACGACGCAGCCAACACACAGAGACAAGGACAGACAGACACAACACCCGCCACGGCAACAGCAACCACAGCCACUUCAGCACCAGCAACGGCCACCACACCCUCCUCCUCCCCCAUACUGCGGCUGACAUGUGCCCGCAGCAGCGUGCUGACCAAGUGCCACGCCGCCCUGUCCCUGUCGCUGUAUCUGACAAUGCGCCUGCAGCUCAAGGGGCGCGCGCUGUCGCUCUUUGGCGACGACCGGCGGGCUGCGCUGUUCUCGCCCCUGCACACACGCACACGCACUGUUGAUGGUGCUGUUGUUGUUGUCGGUGGUGGUGGUGGUGGUGCAGGGCAAGAACACGCAGCCACUGUGGCAGACAGGCGCACUGCUGAUGCUCAUAGCAACGAUGAUGCCGGCGAUGACCAUGAUCACAACGGCUUUGGUGGUGGUGAUGACGACGAUUUGUCGGCUACGCCGGACCUGCCACCUGAUGCUGAUGUUGCUGAUGACGUGGUUGCGAGCCAGCGGCUGUUUGUGACCCGCGCGCUGGCUGCCAUUAUGGGCGCACCGCCGAGCAAAGGCGGCGAAACGUCGGGCGUGUGGGCCGCACCGACACCGCCAGCAGCACGCCCAAGCAGGACAGCCACAGCAGCAACAACAGCAGCUGGAGGAGAAGGCGACGAGAGUGCAGCGCAGAAGAAGAAGAGGAGGAGCAAGAAGGCCGACUCGCAUGCGGGCAGUGAUGGCACCAAGGCUGCUGUGUGGAGCGGCGAUGUACGCUCGUUCCUCACCGCCCACUUGCGGCUGCUGUCCAUUGAGCUGUUCAGGCUGCCGUCAGCAUGGGUGGAGGCGCAGGUGUGUCUGGCGCAGUUUGCUGGUGGCGACGACGGCACCGCACUCAACGGCCUGCACACGCUCACCCCGACACGUGCCUUCGUGCACGACCUUGUGUGCGUGGUACGCGGGCGUGCCGCUGCACUGCUGUGCGACCGCACGUCCCCAGACGUCAUCACGCUGCUCACGCACCUCCCGCACGAGGUGGAGCAGUGGAUUGCGUCAUUGCCUGCAGGCACGCUCCCGGCGCACUUGCAAGUGCACGGCGACCUCCUCCCGCAGGACAUUGCCAUUGCAGACAUGACGCGCCUAGCGGCAACAGCACACGAGCUGGUGCAGGACGUGAAGGCGGGUGAUGAUGGUCAUGGUGCUGGUGGUGCUGGUGGUGGCGACGAUGACAAUGAUGAUGAUGGCGGUGCUGGCAAGUGGAGCGAUGAGGAAGUUGCACAGACAGACCGUUUGCUGGAGGCAUUCACAGAGGCUCUCAGAGCCUGACGAUGCUCGCUUGCUUGUGUGUGUGUGUGUGUGUGUGUGUGUGUGUGUGUGUGUGUGUGUGUGUUGUUGUUGUUGUUGUUGUGUGGGGGCACUUUCGGGGCGUUGAGUGCGCCCGUGUUGUUGCUGCUUUUCAUAAACGGAGAGAAG